AUGACUAAGAUCAACUUACCACUGACAGAAGUGCUGUCUGGUCUGGACAACGAGACACUAGUGCAAGUGUCACAGCUGGUCAGGUCGGUGGGUCAACAGUGUUCCAUAGACUUCCUGGAGGCCACCCACGACCACCCCAUCACCUGGAGCCUCUGGAACUCUUUCUUCUUCACCUUCACUGUCAUCACUACCAUCGGUUUUGGUCACAUGUCGCCCCCCGACGUCUGGGGUCCUCUCUUUGCAUUCUUUCUACGCCUUCAUUGGUCCAGUGGUAAACAUCUCCUUCCAUGUGGUAAACCUCUCCUUCCAGGUGGUAAACCUCCCGUUACAGAUGUUAAACUUCUUCCAGGUGGUAAACCUCUCUUUCAAUGUGGCAAAACCCUCCUUCCAGGUGGCCCAAACCUCUCCUUCCAGGUGGCAAAUCCCUUCUUUCAGGCGGCAAACCUCUCAUUCCAGGUGGUAAACCCCUCCUUAAAGAUAGUAAAUCUCUGCUUUCAGGUGGUAAACUCACAAGUCAGGAAGUACGCUAAAAGAUACCAGUCUUGGGUGGGUGUGGCUGCCGACACACUCCUGUACCUGGUACCUGGGAUGGUGGUCUUCCUGCUGGUACCUUCAGCAGUCUUCGCCUACGUGGAGGAAGACUGGGACUACCUCGACGCCUUGUACUUCUCCUUCAUCACACUCACCACCAUCGGCUUCGGUGACCAAGUGGCAGGUCUGCAGGAGAAGGAGCAGGUGUGGCUGUGGGUGUACAAGAUAGUAAUGGUUGUGUGGAUCUUCUCCGGGUUAGGGUACAUUAUCAUGAUCAUCACCUUCAUCCAGAAAGCUCUGCAAUCCAAGCAGCACACAGGUUCAACAUUCUCAGGAGAUCUUUACAUUCCUCUCAGAUCCUACCAACCUUCAUUCAACAGUAACAACAGCAGAAGCAACAGUAACAACAGCACACAGGUUCAUCAUUCUCAGGAGAUCUUUAUAUUCCUCUCAGAUCCUACCAACCUUCAUUCAACAGUAACAACAGCAGAAGCAACAGUAACAACAGCACACAGGUUCAUCAUUCUCAGGAGAUCUUUAUAUUCCUCUCAGAUCCUACCAACCUUCAUUCAACAGUAA